UCCUGUGACAGAAGCUGUGGUUGAAGGUGGAAAAUGUCAGCGGGCGCCUCAAAGAACGGGCCACAGAAUGAGUGCAAGAAAGAGAGAAAGAGAGAGAGAGAGAGAGAGAGAGAAUGAGAGCGUUUGAGACAAAAGAGGGACAGUAAGAAACCAAAGAAGGGGAAAUCUACCAUAGUCCAGCAGAGUGGAGGACAAUGUGUGUCCUCAUCGGGACGCACUGCUGCCUUCUCUAAGCCAACCAAGUCAGUCUGACCCCAGCGGCGAUGAUGGGGACGGUCCAGCUCCGUCUCAUCCUGGCCGCUCUGUUUUCACUGCACGCUCUGGACUGUGAGGCGACCUUGCAAGGUGCAAGCUCAUUUCGUUGGCUCUCCUGCGUGAAUGACUUCAUCGACAAUGUCACUUGCACAUGGGACAGUUCUUCAGCGGAUCCCAGCCGAGACUGUUGGAUCACAGGCCACAAGAAAAUGCAAUUCAGGAAGGACGGGGUGACACGUGCAAGCAUAAUCAGCCGGAGCUGCAGGGUGAAAGAGCGUGCUAGCUCACCUCCAGGAUGCAGUUUUGUCUUUGAAAGUAACAAGUUCACCCCCUUUGAAAAGAUGCCCAACAUCAGUCUGACGUGUGACAGGCUGGUGGUGUUGAGCCUCAAAGACUACCUAAUCACAAGCCACAUUCAAAUGCACCCCCCAGGCCUCCCUAACGUCACCCGCGCUGACAACGACACCGUGAUUUGGUGGGGUCCCAGCAGCCCCCUCUCUGAGUUCCUGAACGUAUUCGACUACCAAGUCCACAUCCAACAAAGUGGCCCGAAGUUGAAGAAGGCCCACAUGUGGUCCACCAGCGAAGCACAAGUAAGGAUCCCUGCUUGGCAGCUGAAAGGCGAGUAUCAGGUUCGGGUGAGAGUCAAGCCAGCCAACAGAGAAGGAAGCCAGUGGAGUGAGUGGAGUCCAACCACAUCGUGGGUGACAGAAUCAGAAAAUCAAGGUUGGGGUCUGGAUCCAACUUUUUUAAUAUUCACCGUUUGCAUCAUCUCGGCUGUCUUCAUUGUCGUGAUGCUGGCCGUUUACAAAAGUAUUGUCAGCAAGAGGCUCCUCAAAGCAAAACCAGUACCCAAUCCUUCCAAAUACUUUCAAACGCUUCACUCUGUCCACAGUGGAAAUCUGAAGAAAUGGCUGAAUCCUCAUUAUGCUGCUGAAAUCUCGGACGCUACCCAGCCUCUCGACCACAUCUCCCCAGUGGAGGUGUGUGAGAGCUGCGAUACGAGUCCUUUCACCUCCAGCUCCACCUGUGUCCCACCACCUCCGAGCCCGCUGCACCCAAACAGGCUCGUAGAGAACUCCUCCUCUGCUUCAUCAUGCUUCUCUAACUUGGACUACUUUGUGUCGAGCUCCUCCGGCAGCUCCCUUCAAACCAAUCCCAAACCCGCCAACUUCACCUACAAGGACGAGGCCCACGUUCUGCACAAGGCCCAACACCUUCACCUCUCUCUCCACCCGUGCCCUGCCUUGACCGAUGAGUCCCCGAGAUGCGAGAGCUUGAAGAGUGGCACACAAAGCCCGGAUUCAGGCUUCUGCCUCGGAAAGGAAGAUGUGGACGUCAAAGAACAGAGAUGGGAUGCGACUGGAGAGGAGGACCACCUCAGCUCCUCCAACCUAAGCCUUCCUCUCAAUAUUCCUGUCCAGAUAAGCAGCCCCUCCUCUCCUCCUUCUCUGUGUCAGAUAUCACCAGAUAACGCUCAUAUGCAAACGCCAAUGCUUGCUGCUUAUGUUGGCGCUGCAGGCUGGGCUGUUGCUAGUGCAAUGUACAGGUCUUCCUCCAUGCCAGUGGAAUCCAACAAAGCGGGUUAUUUCAUCCUCCAAGAGAUACAAACUACUUCCAGCAAUGCAUCUAUCUGAACUCUGUGCAAGCAAAAAUAUCCUUGUUGCUGCUGAAAACCAAGAUAUACUAGAAAAUGUGGGUGGGGGGUGUGGUGGGGGGAUAAGGAGAGCAGUGCUUGGCGCUUUGAAUUUCACUCGUAUCGCGUUUUUCCCCAAAAAUAGCAAUAAAUCAUCUGUUUCACAGUUGAAUGCCGCCUAUUAGUCCAAAAUAUGCAUAUUUAAGCAAAUGUAAUGUAUGUUUGGCCUAAAUUAAGCACUUUCAAGCAUAAAAAUGGCUAAAUAAACAAAAACAGAAAUGUAAGGCAUUCAGAAGACGCAUUCAAAGACCUUGUAAUCUAGAGUAGAGUAAUCUACACUGGUCACUAGGUGUCAGUAAUGUUACCGUAAUGUUCGCUGAGACUCACAAGCACCAGGUCUGAUCGCCAGGACAACUUUAAUUGCAGGUUUGAAUGAUCUCACAACGGCAAGCUAAAACUCAACUCUGAGCCCCGAAAGUCACUUCCUGUCUGCUCCCCACUCAUCUCCCCUACCACCGGAACACAUUCACAGCAACACACAGGACCAGGAGUCUGAUUAAUGUCUUAAAUACCUUAUUUUCUCUUAUUAUGUCUACUAUAUUGGGUAAUAGCAGUGUAAAGGUGACUUUACAGGGGUGUUAUUUUAUGUCUAGGGGGCUCUAAUAAUGUUAAAAAACAUAUUUAGAAGGUCGUAAACAGUUUUCCUAUGCUCUAACUACAAAAAGGACUCCUACUUUGUGGAAAUUCACUGAUCACGGCCGGGUCUGGAACCAAUUGGCCGCGAUAAACGAGGGACGACUGUACUGUUUUUGUGUCAGCAGGGGUUGUCAGCUGCUCAUCAUUCGGAUUAUGUUUGUGCAUUGUAAUUGGGAGGUACGCAACACGUGAGCUGUGCUUUUAUUUGAGCCAUAGGAAGUCUCCUAUCGCUCACUUAUCUCAUGUCAGACAACGUUUAAGGCUAUGAAAACGCCAAAGUAAAAGAUGUACUGCUUGAUGCUGUCACUUGCUUGUACCACCGAAUAAAUGACGUCACGCGCUGAUGCCACUGAUUCUAA